AUUUGUACAUGGAUCCAUGAGCGCGUCCUGCUCUUGUACUCAGAUGUACUAGAUGGAUUUUUUUUCUUUUGAUAUAGAAGACAAGGAAAUAUGGCGUCUGCGAGCCGUGAGGACGCAAAAUUUGAGGCCUCGUUGAACGCGAUCCGACGGAGGACCGAUUACUUGGAUGUAAUUACUGGGAAGAGUGCUGAUAUCUCGACCGCCGCGUCAGGCCAAGCACGAGCCGGGUUGUCUUCCGCAACAUCGAGUCCCCGGAAAAGCAUUUCUCCAAAUCGAGGUCGCAUGAAGAGUCGAUUCCUGAAAAAUAGCUAUGUGAACGCAGUGAACGACAGGCGUGCAGAGUUGGUGGAGGAGCAUCUUGGGCCAAGCUUCGCGGCUUGGAAACUAACUUUGCAGCAGAAUUGGCAAUGCCUGCAGCCACGGACAAAGAUUACGGCUAGCCUAUCUUCACUAUCGGAUAGUUUCGGACUACGCUGAGUGGGGUCCCUCUGGAAUUCGACUUGAACUUGAAGGGGAAAGUAAAUGGCAACGGGGGCAACUCACUCAGCCACGGAUAGUGAAAAACUGCCUCUAAAAAGAGGAAGUUUCAAUGCGCCCAACUGAAUCUGCGCAAUCGAAGGGUAAACAUGGAUUUGGAUGCUUUUAGGCGAGAACAUCAACGACGGGCGACCGGAGCAUAAUGGCAAGAUCUAAGCAGUAGUAAAAAAGAUGAUUGAUCAUAUUCUUUUUUGCAUGACAAUUUAUAUAGACUCCUGUAUGAAUUAAGUACGAUUAAGGACGACUGUGGCAAUACACCUCCCAGAUUAGUGGGAAAGUCUAUUGAUUUUGAUGUGCAUAGGAGGAAGUCUAUUGAUUUUGAAUUUUGUUGCCGGCGUCCGUUAGUACUAUCAGAAUAUAUUUAUUUGAUGUGAUCGUAAAAAUGCAUGACGCCUACCUCUCGUCUCUUACAGAGAAGUUCUUGUGAUACAUGCGGAUGGAGACACCAGAGACAGAUAAAAGGUCGUGGGGCGUCGAUGUCAAAAUCAUGUACAGUAAUCUUCUUGGUCGGGCAUAAUAUGUUGAUGAUGCUACUAGUAGUACAAUUGUAAAAAGUGAUUUAGACAACGAGGCCGGGCAACAUACAGAGAUUUAUCCUGGAUGGCAUGAACAUUCGUCGAGUGCGCAUCUUGUUUUUGUGUGGAG